GUCAGAGAUCGUUAUAUAACGAAGUAAUACUACAAAUCCUAUUUUAUAUGCAGUUGUUUUAAAUUUUGUUGAAAAUCUUAGUGAAACUCCUUGUAUAUACGUUCUUAAAUUACUUUUAUAUUUGUUAUGUUUCUUAAGCUUGGAAGUUAUGACUCACAAAUAUUAUACUACCAACAUAAUAAUCGUUUACUUUUGUCAUUUUUGUAAUUUUAAUGUUUGUUGGGGUUGGCAGACCCUUCUAGAUGUAGGACAAAUAAAUUGACCUUCAAUCAUCUGAGUAAAUCUUUUAUCAAAUAAAUGGUUCGUGAUUAUAACUUACCGUACAAUACUGCUGACAAUACGAUAUAUCAAAAAGUAUAAAUAUUAAUUAAACUUAAUUAACUGUUUAUCUACUUAAUCGAGUCCCUACAUUUUUAAGUUUAGAAGAUUUAACAGGUCUUGGAAUCGCUUUCUUAGAAUAAAAUCCUAAUGCUAAUCAAGCAUAUAUAAUACAUAUUAUAGCAAUCCUAAAUUAGUGGAGAGUAACUUGUAAAAAUUGUAUAUAAAAAGUAACACUAAUAAGUAGGUUAUGGUGAGUUAGAAGUGCAUACAGUAAGAAGUCAACUUCGGGUCAACUGUCAGUUUUUUAAAAUUUAAGUUAAAUUGUAAAUCAGUGAAUUACAAGCAUGGAUUUAUCUAGUAAUGAUUUGGAGGAAUACGUCGAAAAACUUGAAAACUUAUUUUUAAUUGAGAAAUCGAAUAAAAAAUAUCGUCAUGAAUUAACUUUAUUGAUUGAAAAUAUUUCUUGCGAAUUAAAUACCAGUAGAAAAAAUGAAAAUUCUUUGAGAGAUGAUUUGAAAAAAUUGAUUGAAUGUGGUGAUUUGGAUAUUAAUCAAAAGUAUGUACAAGCUGAAGAAAAAUGUAAUAAACAACAGAUUGAAAUAGUAUUAUUGACAAAAAAGAUAGAAGAAUUAAGAAAUCAAACAAAUUUAGACUUAGAGAUACAAAAAAAUGAAUUUUUAAAUAAAAUUAAAAAUAUAGAAGAAACUUUGGGAUCUCAAAUAGUCAAUUUGAAUAGUCAACUGGAGAGUCAAAAAAUAUGCUACGAAACAAAGGAACAAGAAUUGUAUAAUGAAAUGCAAAUGAUGCAGGCUGCAAGUGCCUUGGAGUGGGAUGAAAAAGAAUCUAACUACAAAAAACAAAUCUCAGAUUCUGCAAAUAAUUUAAGGUUUUUACAAAGUAGAAUCAGAAGCAUGCAAUGUGAAAUAAACCAAUUAAAAACUCAAUUGUCAAUAUUGAUAUUUCUUGCAAAUUUUUGUUGGUUAAAAACUGAGGUACGUGGUGAUAAAUGUAUCGAUUAUUCAAUCGAUUAUAACAAAAAUAUAGUUGCGUUCGGUAAUGUUCGCGGAACAGAACGAGCAGAAAGCGAUUUGUAUCACGUGAUCAUAGAUUGUACGGAUUAAUCGUGGUAAGUGAUUGUAAACAAGUAAUUAUACAGAUUCACUUUUUGAUUGAUUUUUCGCUAUUUAGCCUUUUAUAUAUACAAAAACAAUACAUAAGUACAAAUUACUGUCGAAAAAAUAGCUAAUUGAUAAGCAUUCAAAUGUCAAAAGUCAAAAAAAAUUGAGAGCUCUCUUUCAAGAUUCGGAUCUAGGAGUUCUUACUCCGAGUGUUCAAUAGUGUAUAUAACGGAGCAGUAACAGCGAAAUUAAGUGGAUUGCCGAACGAUACCGAACGGUCAGAUCAUCAGAUGUACAUAAUCGAACGCAGUUAAUUUAUUAUUUGAAUGUUGAAGGUUAUGUCAAAAUGGCGAAUAAUAAACCAGUAAAAUGUGAUAAAACAGUUGAUAUUUAUCGAGUACUUGAAUAUAAAUAAUGCUAUGAUAAGAUGAUAUAAGAAAUUGUCAACUAUUUUCAACAGGUUUAUAAUAAAAUAUGUAAGUACUAAAAACUAUUAUUAGAUUUAUAUUAAUGUAUCAUAUGCAAGAAUUAUUGUUGAUAAAUUGUUGUGAAUUUGGAUUUUUUUUAGUUGAAAGUUGAAUUUUAAAUCCUGACGUUUCAAUUUAUAUUUGUUUAAACAUCAAUUUUCGAUUAAAAGAGACCUAAAAUCGGCAUGAUUUAUCAACAAGAACAUAUAUACUUGAAAAAGGUCUACCAAGUAAGAUAUUUGCCAUUUUUUUGAACUUUAAUUUAUUUUUUAAAACAUCUUGAAUAUUUUAUCGACUCUUGUUAUUUUAAUUAUUUAUUUAUAAAGAAAAUAUAGAAACUUAUUUUGGGAAAUAAUUAUAUCAAAGCACGAUCACAUCAAAAUUGCCAUGCAAAUGCUAGACACUUCAAAUUAUUCAUUUAAACUCAUUGUACAAAACAAUAAACGUGAAAUAAAAAAAAAAAACGAGUUGCUAUAGUGUCAAUUUCGUCACUUACAUAGUAAUUUGCAAUCCUCGCAAGUUAAACAACUGUGUCCACAACUAAAAAAGUUUACAAGUUUUUUAAAUUUCUUUUUCUAUACUUUUGCGUAUUUAUAUAUAUAAUAAUAGUUUGUUUUCACUCUUUUCGCAUAAUUCUAUCCUACUUAAACCACCCCUUUAUGAUGAAUUACAAAUGAAAAUGGAAAAGAAUCAUCAUGCAACAAGAUACUCAAUAAUAGUGACUUACCUAUCUCGACACGUUUCUUAGGUUUGUGUACUGAAGCAUAAGGGUCGCUACAAUAGUCUUGUCUGGACGGAUUAUUACUAUUUCUGAUGUAGUCAUCCCCGUGGUUGCUUUGCGUCGUUAUGUGUGGAUAGGGGGCGUAAUCGUCGACGGCUCCAUAACCACCAUGCGUUAUGGGGUCAUAACCGUAAUUUUGUCUAUCUACGUUUAUGUGAUGCUGUUGGAGUUGGUUGUUUGAAUUACUAGAUGCCGCCGCCAUUUUCAUUUGCCACAACGAGUCUUGAGAGUUCACACUACCUCCGUUGUUGGAGUUGGAGUAACUGUUUUCGAUGUAUCCCAUGUUAGCCCCUGAAAAAAAGAAAACAAAACGUUUUAUGUAUAUAGAAAUGGGAAUUUCGAAUCGCAUCUCUGUUGGUUUGAAAAUAACAUUUUAUUGAAGCAGAUUUUGUAGUAAUACCAUACUUACAAUCAGCAUUAUUGAUAUUUUGUCUUGCUUGUAUAUCAGCAUUAGCGACAUGGUAUCCAUAUCCAUUCUGAGUAGCGUACACAGACUUCUGGUCUUCCAAAGCUAGCGCUAGGUCUAAAGAAUGUUCUAAAGCUUUAUUAUCCAUUCCGGUAGACGGAUAGUAUGGUGGUGGUGCUUGAUUUUGUUGGGGUACCAUAGUUGGUUGGACCGAAUCCAUUUCAUAAUCUUUGGAUUGGACUUUUUUCGUCGAUUCGGUUUUUCUACAUCUACAAAACACGUACAGAAGUCCAACAAAUAGUAAAAGUACAACACAAGCUACUAUUAUUCCUAUUAGGGUGGGCGUAGCUAUAGCUGCGGCUUCUCGAAUAAAUCCAGUACCAUCUGGAAAAAAUUUUGAAGUUAGUUUCAUGUAUUGAAGAGGGGGUUAUUUAAAACUUACAUUCUGCAUAUGUAAAUUCUCCGCAAUGUUCUAAAUGAGUUUGAAGGCACAAUUUUACCCUAAUUCUAGGUACGUAAUCGUCAUUAACACCGAUGGGUUCGUCUACUAAGGCUCUCCCAUUGAAAUAUUUCGAACCCAUUUGAUCCAAAUUCUUCUCCUUAUAAGUUGAGGUUAAACCAGAUACCUGAAACAUAAAAAAAAAUAAUUUGGAAACAUCGUUCUGGCGCAGCUAAUAGGAUUCUUUUUUUUAAUACCUGAAGGUCCAUCGUAUCUAUGACUUGCCAUUCGGUGAUAGGAUGAUUUUCGUGACUGAUAGUUUCUACCAUAGCUACGAGGGGAAGGCAAGUGGAAGGAAUAUUUACGGAUAAGACGUUGGUACUUUUGUCGAAUUCCACUCUGUGAGCUGCCGGUAUUUUACUCACUCGUGUUCGUUGGCGAAUUUCUUGAGAAUUCUCACUUAUGCCUUUCGUAUUUAAAGCCUUAACCUAUAAAUAAACAUGAUGAGUAUCAAAUGCCAUCUGUUAAAACAAUCGCUCAAAGACCACGCUAAUUCUAAACAAUAGAAGGAAGAAAUAAGUUCCAAAACGACGGAGUGUUACAAAUUUUUGAAAAAAACUUUCUAAAUGCGAUUCGAAUGACACUUCAACCAUAUUUUUAUGAGCAAGCUGCUUUAGGAUAAAAAAUAAUCUUUCUAAACAAUUUAUUUGACAAUUUUAAAGAAAUUCUAAUUGUUAAUAACAAUAUAGUUACUUACUUUGAAAAGAUACGUUUGAUAUUGUUCAAGAUUGGAAACAUUGCAAGGAACAUUUUGAUGACAAUCGACUUCAUACCAUUCGGCGCUUCUCGGUAUGUUAUUACAACCUUCGAUCAAAAUAUCGUUAUCACUUGGUACCUUUUUAAAUGAAACCACGUAUUUGGUAUUGGAUAUUCCACCAUUAAACCCUGGUUCCCAUCCUAAAGUAACGAAAUUAGGUCCGUUGUAAAGGGAAGUGAGUUUAGACGGUUUUUCCGGUGGUCCUUUAGCUUGAAGUUUAAUUUUAGUUUCGAUUGCCCCCAAAUUGUUUAUAACUUGACAAGUGUAUUCUCCGUAAUCGUGCUUUUUGAUGUUGCUGAUCUUUAGGACGCUCGUGUAUAUGUCUUUAUCAUUAGUCGUGUGUAUAACGUAAUGUCCUUCGGAAGAUGAAUGUAAAGGACUAGCGUUCGAUCCGAAUAACCAUUUAAAUUCGGGUUUAGGGAAAGCUUGUACUUUACAUAAUACUUCGGCACGUUCCGAUAUAUCGUAGGCUACUUUAUUGAAAUGAUGAAGUACUAUCGGUUCGUCUGGAAAUUAAUUUUUUUAUAAUUUUUUCAUUCAGUUUUGUGUUGAUUGUUUUUUACUUACGUUCUAUUUUUAAAUGCAUCGUCGAUUCAGUUUUUUUAACCUCGUUUUCGAAAGUACAAGAAUAUUCUCCCCUAUCUGAAGGCAAUAGUUCGUUACCGUUCGGUCUAGCUUUGCCAGAAAACUUCAAAACGCUUUGUACAUUAACAGCUCCGUUACUAGUUUCCAAAUAAUCAGUCUUAACUUCAAACAUAUUGGCGUCAGCAGUUAGUUCGUCACCUUCUUUCAACCAUUUCACCAUCGGUCUCGGUUUUCCUCUAGCGCUACAAGCGACGGCGAAGUUACCCUCUCCUACUCGUUUUAUUUCUAGCGGUUUGAGUUUGGUUUUGAAACUUGGCGGAACGUGGACUUCCAGUGAAACGGAAGCGAGUUCUCCGGGACCUAAUUCGUUGGUAGCUUGACAAUGAUACGUUCCUUCUGUUGCUAAAUUUGCGUUUGAUAUGGUAUAUUUAGUUCCGGUUGCUAAAAUGGUACUCUGACCAUCUUGAUCUAUCUUAAACCAACGGUACUGUGGCGCUGGCCAGCCUAAAAUAUAAUAUUUAAUUAAAUAAUCGUAUUAUAACGUUUGGAUUAAGUUGUACCUGGUGGGGUAGCGGUACAGGUUAAAGUAACAGCGGAUCCUUCCGUUGCUAUUGGUUUAUCAGGCAUUAUCCUAGCUCGUCCUGGGUGAUGCCUGACUAAUAAAGCUAUAGAAGCGUUUCCUACUUUUUCAUUCAUUCUCAAUGGCGGAGCGCUAGGGCUUAUCAUAUUAACAGCUCGGCAUAUAUAAGUACCGGAAUGUUCAGCUGUUACAUGGCUCAGUUUUAACGUAUCUCCAGUUUGUCUAAAGUCGGGUUUACCAUCUUUUACCCAUUCAACAGUAAUCGGGUCUGGAUUGGCGGUUAUAUUGCAUUUUAUAAAAACAGAUUCGCCUAAAAAAUUUUUUUUAUAAUCAUCAAAGUUUCGAUUAUGAAAAGUUUAUAUGGUUUACCUUCUUCUGCUUCUUUUGUUUUGGCUUCUAGUGUAACUAUUGGUGGAUAUAAGACGUCUAAAAUUAUUUCUCUCUCUCCUACUUUACCCAGACCAUUAUCAGCCAUACAAGUAUAUUUUCCAGCAUCUUGGAUGCUGACUCUAUGUAUCGUAUGAUUGUGAGAUGAGCUGAUGAAUCUGUAAAAAGCGGUAUUAGGUCACUAUAUUGCGGUUAAAUAUAAAUAGUGGAGUACUGCAACAAAAUCAAUUGAUAAAUUAUUUUAUUUUAGUCAAUCAACCCUAACAUUUUGUAAAGUACGUGAAACUUCGAAUACAUUAUUAAAUAGCGUGAUGAAUCGAUCUUUACGUGUUUAUUUAUAAAUAAAGUACUUAUGAGUGUGCAUUUAAAUAAAUUAAAAUUAUGUAACAAAA